UAAAGCUAUAAAAUAUGUUUCCUUUUUGUAAUUUUAAUAUCAGCGUGAAACCAGUGUUUUUCAAAUACUGUCUGCUCAAUCUAGAGUUUUGAUUCAGGGUAGCUAGUGUUGUAGUCGUCAACACUUGAAAGCAGCACUUUCACCUUUAGUCAACUUGUUUUGUUUUUUGUCAACCUCAUUUGCAAUGCAUAUUUCUCGGGGUGUGUCCUGAGUACAAUCAGAGUUGAUGCACUAACCUCCAUUUUAGUGUAUCUAUUGGAUAAAGAUGUUGGGAUAAGCUAGUCAAUGGUUAUGGCCAUGGUGUGCCCGCAGAUAGUGGAUAUAUUUCAGUUAUAGCAUUAAACUGUAACAAAAGUAACCCUAGAAGGACAAAAUGAAUAAGAAAAGACACUUUCUGGAACCUCCAGAGGUCAAGGACUACCUGGUCAAAGGAGAAAGAUUUACCAAGUGGUCAGAGGACUCCACAAAGACUGUUCCUGUCACCAUGAAGAUGGAUCCGAAAGGUUUUUAUGUCUACUGGAUCAACCAAAGCAAGGAGACAACGUUUCUGGAUGUUGCCACCAUCAGAGAUACCAGAACAGGAAAAUAUGCAAAACUUCCCAAACACCCCAAGGUUCGCAACGUGUUCAACCUAGACUUCCCAGACAGCAACCAUCUCGCCAAAACUCUGACCAUUGUCUCAGGUCCAGACACAGUGAACCUGACCUAUCAUAACUUCUUUGCCGCAAAGGAGAAAGCGACACAGAACUGGGCAAAUGACAUUCUUGCAAUUGCCUACAACGCUGCCAGAAACAAUGCAUGCAGAUACGUCUUCCUGGAGAAAAUAUACGUCCGCAUUUCUCUUCACACCAACAAGGACGGCAAGAUCCCAGUGAAACAUAUUUACAAGAUGUUCCCUGCGGAUAAGAAGAGGGUGGAAAGUGCCUUAGCAUCAGCACACCUCCCUAAAGGAAAGCAUGACACUAUGAAGCCUGAUGUCUUUACUGAGUCUGCCUUUAAAGCCUUUCUGACAAAUCUCUGCCCUCGGCCAGAGAUCUACGAGAUCUUCACUUCUUACUCCAACAAACCCAUCAUGACAAAGGAAAAUUUCACCAAGUUCCUCAACGAGAAACAGAGGGACUCCCGGCUCAACGAGGAGCUGUUUCCACGUCUGCGACAGGACCAGAUCAAGGCUCUGAUUGACAAAUAUGAACCCUGCUCCUCUAAUUCAAACAGAAGUCUGAUUUCCCCAGAAGGUCUCUUAUUCUUCCUGAUGGGGCCAGAGACAUCAGUUGUCAUUCAGGACAGACUGGCCAACUGUCAGGACAUGACCCAACCCAUACCCCACUACUUCAUCAAGUCCUCCCACAACACGUACCUGACAGCUGGUCAGUUCUCUGGCAUGUCCUCUCCGGAGAUGUACCGUCAGUGUCUGCUGUCUGGCUGCCGCUGUCUGGAGCUGGACUGUUGGAAGGGCAAACCUCCAGAGGAAGAGCCCAUCAUUACCCACGGCUUCACCAUGACAACUGAGAUCCUCUUCAAGGAUGUGAUUGAGGCCAUUGCUGAGAGCGCCUUCAAGACCUCACAAUAUCCUAUUAUCCUCUCAUUCGAGAACCACGUUGACUCGGUGAAACAGCAGGAGAAGAUGGCCAACUACUGCAAAACCAUAUUUGGUGAUGCCCUGCUAACAGAGCCUCUGGACAAAUACCCUCUGAAGCCGGGCCAGCAGAUCCCCAGCCCAUCUGAGCUCAUGGGUAAGAUCCUCAUCAAGAACAAGAAGGGCAGCCAUGAAACGUCGACCCAGACUAAAAAAACCAGCACAGCAGCUACUGAGCAGACCAAAACCACAGCUGCACCCACCCAGGACCCAAACACCGUUUCCCAGGAUCCUGCCAACCCAGCACCUGGCACCCAGGAGAACCAAGAGGGGGACGCAGCUGUGGAGGACAAUGAGGAGCAAGAGGAGACAGAGGAACAGGAUGAGGAGAAAAUGAAGACAUCAGAUGAGGGCACAGCUGGACAAGAAGUAACAGCGUAUGAGGCAAUGUCAUCCCUGGUCAACUACAUCCAGCCCAACAAAUUCAUCUCUUUUGACAAUGCCAGAAAGAAAAACAAGAGUUAUGUCAUCUCAUCUUUUGUGGAGACUAAAGGGGAGACAAUGAUUGCCAAGACUGCUGUUGAAUUUGUCGAAUACAAUAAGAGGCAGAUGAGCAGGAUUUACCCCAAAGGAACAAGAAUGGACUCAUCCAAUUACAGCCCCCAACCUUUUUGGAAUGUAGGCUGCCAGAUGGUGGCGCUCAACUACCAGACAAUGGAUUUCCCCAUGCAGCUUAACAUGGCUCUGUUUGAAUUCAACGGCAGAACGGGCUACCUACUCAAGCAUGAUGUUCUGCGUCGCAGUGACAAGAAGUUUGACCCUUUCUGUGACAGGAUUGACACCGUUGUGGCAAGCACAUUGACCAUAAAGAUCUACUCGGGUCAGUUUCUGUCUGACAAGAAUGUGAAAACAGGAGUUGAGGUGGAGGUGAUUGGGCUGCCAGGAGACCCCAAGAAGAAAUAUCGCACUAAGUGGUCCACCAUGCCCAACGCCAUUAACCCCGUGUGGAAUGAGGAGCCCUUUGUUUUUGAGAAGAUUCUGCUCCCAGAAAUGGCCUCUCUAAGAAUUGUAGUCCAUGAAGAGAACGGUAAAUUCGUGGGACACAGGAUCAUCCCACUAGAUGCCAUCCAAUCAGGUUUCCAUCAUAUCUGCCUGCGCAGUGAGAGCAACAUGCCGCUCACUCUGCCUGCUCUCUUUGUGUACAUUGAGGUCAAGGACUACAUCCCUGCUGCCUUUGCAGAUUUUACAGAUGCCUUAUUUAACCCAACAAAGGGCACAGAGAAGAACACAAAGACCCCAAAACAGUUAUCCUCCGACUACAUUUCUCCGUAUGAGUUGCCUCUUGUGGUCCAAAACCCCACGGACAAAGCUAAGGAAAGUGAAGCCCCUGCUGCAGAAAAGGCCACAUCCGAACAUACCCCACCGGUUGAUGCCAAUGACCAAUCAUCCCAGUCCCCACUAGAAGCAAGUGCAGAAGAAGCUAAAGAAGAGGCUGAGAACAAGUCAGACACUCAACAACCUGCAGCAGAACCUCCUCAAACUCCUGACAACACUCCUGCUGAAGAUCCAGCCCCAGAUACUGGAAGCGCCACAUCUGAAACCCUUCCUGAAGCCAUUCCUUCCCCCGAAGAGGCAGCCCCUGAGAAGGAAGCAGUUCCAGAGCCAGAGGCAGCUCCUGAAACCAAAGAGGAGCUGGUGAAUGGCUCCAAUACAAUCCCUGAGCCUGCUUCAGAUGAUAAACUGGGCACAGAAGCUGCUGCUGAAGAGCCUGCUGCUGUGGCCGUGCCCUGUCCAAUAAGUGCAUCGCUCGAGUCUGCUGGAUCAGAUAGCUUAUCUCAGCCACCGACAUCCAGCGAAGAGCCUUCAACUGUGAUGACUGAAGAACUGACACAGUACAAGAACUAUCUGAAGGUCAUCAAGCGUCAGGAGAGAGAGAUGAAGGAAGCAGAAAAGAAGUAUCAGAAAAAAGGAGAGGAUCUGAUUCAGAAAUACUCUGACUUCUUCAAGGCCAUCAAGAAGAAGGCCUCGGUGAAGAAAAAAGAGGGAGGGGGAAGCACCUCUGACUCCAGUGUGAAGACGGAGCGGGUGCAGGAGCAGAAGGAAAAAAUGCAGGUUGAGCUGCAGGCUUUGUGGACCGAGCAUUGUGAUCAGCUGAGGAAGAAGAAAGAGCAGUAUGCUACAGAGAGACUGGCCAAACUGUUGGAGAUGGCCACAGAGAGACACUACAGUGAACUGAAGACCCUAGAGAGUGCAACCAAAGAAAAUAAGAAGAAAACACUCUCAAAAUGUUCAUCCUCAGAGAAACCAAAGCUGAAAAAGGCAAUGAGCACAGAGCUGCUGGAUGAGACUAGUCACUCUGAUGGUGCAUGUUCAGAUUACACCCUACAGCAAGAGGCUCUGAUGAAGAAACAGGCUGCUACACUGGAGGAAAUCAAGACCCUGACUAAUCAGCUCAAUCAGGAGGCCCUGAAGGAGCACGAGCAGAAAUUGAGGUCUAUGCCUGCAGAGGUGAGGGAGGCUGUCAAUGUCUGUGUAGGGGCCCACUUUCCCGAACUGGUCGACCAGGCUGCAGACAAGAAGGUGGAGGGAGUGGGCUUCUAUGGAGAUGUCUUCCUGGGUUAGAUGUGCCUUUUGAUCUCUGACCCUACAGUGUAACCUGUUACAGACCCUACUGUCUGAACAAAACUGUGGAAUAGUAGAAGAUUAUUCAUUAUUAAGGAAGCUCUGUGUGAAAUUUCAAUUUAGAGAUGCUAUUUAUAGAGAGUUGUUUUUUUUUUUUUUUUUAAGCCAUAAUGAUGUUUUCAUAGAUGUCCUGUAGAUCAAAAGUUAGAUGACUUGGAAAUGAUUUUCAUUCUCUAUUUGACUUGCGACAAAUAUCUUCCAGAUGAAAGCCCAUCACUAAAAGCCUUAGUUUGGUACUCACAGUUUCCUUUCUGUUCUCUUAAUGAGUUGAAAAAUGGGACUAAAUGUAGCAAGAAAAAUGUAGUGGCAAAAAUGUUACCACAGUCCGCAGGCUGAAUCGAGACAAUGACUGUCUGAAUCUGUCACACUUCAGCACAUGGUGUGUGAUACUCCAUAAUGCCGCAGCAAAGCAUUCACACUAUUUAGGUGUGUUGUAAAGAAUGUUUUGCAGAAAAAUGGUACAUUUGUUCUAUAACUAGGACAAAGGUCCUAUAGAGCCAUGAUGGUGGAAAUACAUUAAUAUUCCCUUUACAGUAAGAAUUUUUGUCAUUUUCCCUUGUGAUGACUAGUUCUUGAUAAACUGUAAUUUGCAUGUG